CCGGUUUCGUGUCACGUAGAUUUUUUAAAAAUUUGAUGCAAAUUGAAGAGUUUAUUGCUUUAAAUUGGAGUUUUAUAGCACACUACAGGAAAUAGUUAUUAUACGGAUACAUACCUGAUAUACAUCAAGUGGGCUAGAAGACGUCAAAAGAUGAGGAUAUUCAAGAUAUUUCACUUUACGUUAUUUUAUUUUUUUACAUUUUUUUCAAAGAAUUCUUGCAAUGAUACAAAUGCACAAAAUAUUUUCAUUGACAAUUUAUUGAAGGUAUAUGGCAAUAAUGAAACUUUGACAGUGUCGCAAUUAGGAACUCUUAUUGAAACACUGACAUCAACAAAUGAAGCUACUCAUCAUGAACCGAUAGAAGAUUGUACUGAUUUGUCAUCAACAGAAUGUUUGACAUCAAAGUGUUUGAGUGUGGAUGAAAUCUUAGAGGUGAACAACCUCCAAAAUACCAGCCUUAUUGACAAGUCAGGACUAGCUGGUCUCAGUCCUACAUUAAUACACCAAGCACAAAAACAUUGCAAAGGCCCUCAUGAAAAAGCAUCUCUUCGGAAACCUAAGCCAGCUGAAGUAUGGGGGUAUGGUGUUCUGACGGUGACUAUAAUCAAUGCAUGUGCACUAACGGGGGUAUGCUUUGUGCCAGUGAUGCGCCACAGAUAUUAUCGCAGGUUCUUGAUGUUCAUGGUGGCCCUUGCUGUAGGAGUCCUCACUGGGAGCAGUCUUCUUUUCCUCAUUCCUGAAGCAUUUAACCUCUAUGAAGAUGAAAGAAAUGCAGAGAUGUACAUGUGGAAGUCUACCACUAUAAUAGCUGGUAUAUUCUUAUUCUUUGUGCUAGAGAGAAUACUCAAGAUGAUCAUGGAUUGGAGACAGUCAAUAGACAAGGAAAAGAUGGGAAAUGAGCUACCAGUGUGCUCUGUACAUGCAAGGACGCCUCAUGAGAAUGAGCCACACAUGAAAGUCCACCUGAGUGUAUCAGAAGAGAAUGAAGAAUCAUACACCCGCCUGGUGCAUAGUAGCCCAACUGAUGCUUCUUUAGCAACAACUACCACUCUAGUGGACCCUGCAGCUGUAGAAAUUGCACCGAGAAACGGACAUUCCCACAAUGGCGCAGUUGUGAUGUCAGAAGGCCCAACCAAAGAGACACCUAUCAAGACAGUAGCUUGGAUGAUUGUGGUUGGAGAUGGACUCCAUAACUUCAUGGAUGGAAUAGCUAUAGGAGCAGCAUUCUCACAGAGUCUUAUCACAGGCAUCAGUGUCUCAUUAGGGACCUUCUUUGAAGAACUUCCUCAUGAAUUAGGUGACUUUGCAAUUCUGCUAAAUUCUGGAAUGAGCCUCAAGAAAGCUCUAAUGUGCAAUUUUGUGUCUGCAUGUACGUGUUAUAUGGGUCUUGCCAUGGGAAUUCUCCUGGGGGAGAUGGAAGGAGUGAGCUCAUGGAUCCUUGCUGCGACUGGGGGAAUAUUCCUUUAUAUAUCUCUGGUUGAUAUGUUACCAGAAGUAAACUACAUGGCUGAAACCGAAAUGAAAGAAGUUGGAAAAAUCAAGGUUUUCCUAAUACAGUGUGCUGGAAUGUUAUUGGGAUACGGCAUCAUGAUAGUACUAAGUUUACUGGAGAUUUAUGGUGAAAAUGAGACGCUGAGUGUGGAACAGCUAGAGACGCUUUUUAAGACGCUUGCAAAAAAGGAAGGGGGUGUCGGUCAUGAUGUGUCCCGUGCUGGAUGUGAUAACCUUUCAUCAACAGAGUGCCUCACGUCAAAGUGUCUUACCGUGAAUGAAAUUCUAAAAGCGAACAACUUGGAGAAUACCAGCCGUAUUGACCAUGUGGAACUGACAGGCCUCAGCCCCGCGUUGUUGUAUCAGGCACAGAAAGACUGCAGUCAAGAGGCUACUGAAACUUUACAAGAACACAAACCGUCUACGGCCGAAGUUUGGGGAUAUGGUAUCCUCUCAGUUACGAUCAUCAACGUAUGCGCGUUGACUGGGAUCUGCUUCGUUGGGGUGAUGAAACAUCGCUUUUACAAACGUUUUCUUAUGUUCAUGGUUGCUCUUGCAGUGGGCGUCCUCGUCUCUAGUAGUAUUCUGGUCCUCAUACCUGAGUCGAUGCAUUUGUUCACAACCUUGACAGACCCCCAUACUGCAGACGUAUUGUUCUGGAAAUCUACAGUCGUAUUGGGAGGUAUCUUUCUUUUCUUUGUCGUGGAGCGGAUACUAAAGAUGUGUCUGGACAAGAGUCAGGCUGGAAUGGACACGAAAAAACAUACUUUGGCGGAAAACGACCCAGUGUCGUCAUCUGUGCAUCCCAGCAGACUACAGGAGACAGAACCAAACAUUAAGCUCCAUUUGGACCAACUGGUAAAAGAUGACAAACUCACAAAAACAGAGAGUCACUCAAGCAAGUUAGCCCUGGCAACCAAUGAGAUUUCCAUAGUAACAGAUGCCGAACAUAAUGGAGUUUCUCCGCCUAGUAAUGGAUAUGCCGACCAUUCACAUUAUACCGGAGAUCUUGGUGAUGACGAUGAAAAACCCAUCAAGACUGUUGCGUGGAUGAUCGUCAUUGGAGAUGGCAUCCAUAACUUCAUGGAUGGUGUAGCUAUUGGAGCAGCAUUCUCAGAAAAUAUUGUGACUGGAAUAACUAUUUCGCUCGGGAUAUUCUUCGAAGAGCUACCUCACGAAUUAGGUGAUUUUGCCAUCCUGUUAAACUCGGGGAUGUCUAUGAAGAAAGCUCUUGGAUUCAACUUUCUCUCUGCCAUUACCUGCUAUCUUGGGCUAUGUCUCGGGAUUCUGCUGGGAGGCAUGGAAGACGCUAGUAGCUGGAUCCUUGCCGUCACUGGGGGUAUCUUCCUCUACAUAUCCCUUGUUGAUAUGUUGCCAGAGGUGAAUGUUAUGGCUGAGACAAUAAAGGAUCUCAACAAAGUCUUCAUUUUCAUUAUCCAGUGUGCUGGCAUAUUGGUAGGAUAUGGUACCAUUAUCAUCAUUGUUCAGUUCGCUGGCCAAAUUGAAGUGACUAUAUAGACUGUACCAUAUAUAUAUACUAACCUACAACUAGGAAUGUUACAGAACAAUUUCAACCAGACAUUAUCCUGACAAAAUGAGACCAACUACUACAGACGGUUGAAAAGUUUAGACACUGAGGGAAUGAAACAACAUACAAAGCUAUUGGAAAUUAUAAUUUUAACUUUGAAACUGUUGCAAAGUUCCAAGAUC